AUGAAUGCUCUGAUGUAUUGUUUAAAAGAUAAAAAGUACAGUUGGUGUUAUGAAACCACUCCUCAGCCAAGAGCAAACAACAGGGUGUUUUUCUGGCCACGAGGUAAAGUAAUGGGAGGAUCAUCUUCUUUGAACGCCAUGGUGUACGUACGGGGUCACCCAUACGAUUAUGAUCGUUGGGAACAAGAGGGAGCCAAGGGGUGGUCCUACGCCGACUGUUUGCCUUACUUCAAGAAAGCUCAAACUCAUCAAUUAGGAGGUGAUGAUUACCGUGGUGACAGUGGACCGCUCUACGUGUCCAGAGGAAAAUGGAACAAUCCAUUGUACCAUGCUUUUGUUGAUGCCGGCUUGCAAGCUGGGUAUCAACAUACAGAAGAUUGCAAUGGAUUUAAACAAGAAGGAUUUGGACAUUUUGACAUGACCAUAAAAAAUGGUGUAAGAUGCAAUGCUUCCAUGGCUUACAUUCAUCCAAUUUUAUCAAAGUAUAAAAAUUUGAAAAUUUCCACAAAUUCGAUGGCAACGAAAGUGAUCGUUGAAGGCUCCAAGGCUGUUGGUGUUGAAUACAAGCAAAACGAUGCGACGAAAUAUGCCAGGGCUCGCAAAGAAGUAAUUUUGUGCGGUGGUUCAAUCAAUUCACCACAACUUCUACUGCUAUCUGGAAUCGGUAAUGCCGAUGAAUUGAGAAAGUUAGGAAUUCCUUGUGCUGCAAAUUUACCUGGGGUUGGAGAAAAUUUACAAGAUCAUUUAGAAGUUUACAUUCAAUACAAAUGUUCGAAACCUGUGACUCUAUACAAAUAUCAGUGGAAAUUUCCUUGGAACAUGGUAACGACAGGUCUUCAGUGGUUUAUUACAAAAUCUGGUGCAGCUUCUACCACGCAUAUGGAGGCAGGUAGUUUUUUCCGAAGUAGUUCCAAGGUCGCACAUCCUGACAUUCAAAUCCACUUUUUGCCAUCUGUGGUGAUUGAUCACGGACAAAAAAUGGGUACAUGUCACGCCUUUCAAGGACAUAGCGGAACAAUGAGAGCCACCAGUAGAGGUAAUUUGAAACUUAAGUCAACAAAUCCAUUUGAUUCACCUCUGAUUAAUCCAAACUAUUUACAAACUGAACAAGAUAUUGUAGAUUUUAGAGCCUGCGUUCGUCUCACAACAGAAAUCUUUUCUCAAAAAGCAUUUGACGAAUUUAGAGAAGAGGUUUUAGAUAAAAAUUUAAGGCUAAAUUCAAAUGAUGAGAUUGACAGUUUUGUAAGGAGUACUUCUGAAACUGCGUAUCAUCCCUGCGGUACUGCCAAAAUGGGCUCUGAAAACGAUAAAAGUGCAGUUGUAGAUUCAAAAUGUCGUGUUUUAGGAAUAGACAAACUGAGAGUGGUCGAUGCUUCAAUCAUGCCAAGCAUUCUCAGUGGUAACUUGAACGCUCCGGUAAUAAUGAUGGCAGAGAAAGCAGCAGACAUGAUUUUGGGAGUACCUCCUCUGCCCAAGUUGCAUGUUCCUGUUUGGAAGCCAAGUGAUCCUACCAAGCAGAGAUAG